UCAAGCGCGUCUUCUCAGCGUGCAUUGUCACAACAUCAUCUCAUAAAACCAUCGCAUCAGGUAUUCGUCAUCUGCAAGCACUCCCGUCAUCAUCUCCAACAUGAAGGUGCAGGCUGCUGUACACAAGGCCUUUGAUCUCAAGUUCCAGUUGACUCAGCGCGUAGACUCUCACAAGGACAGAAAACACACUUCUCGACAGCAAUGCACACGCGAGGACCUGGACCAUCACGGUGCUAUCUCAGCUCCUCCAGAUGCCGAAAUCAAAUUGACCAUAGUCUCAGAGCCCUAUCCUCCUAGCCAUGCUUCACUCCAGACAUUAACCAAGAUCAACCUCAGCGACCUCAGUCUCGAAGCUCACCACUAUGGCAGCUUUCUGCUACUCCGCACAUUCGGCCAUUCCACAGAUGUCUCCAAGAUACAAACCUUCAUGCCUGUUGAGGAUGAGACUGGCGAUGUAGACAGGAUCGCUAUUCUCAACUUUGGUCUCGUCUCGUGGCCCGAGAGGUAUCUACCAGCUGGUGUUGUGCUGGCUAUCAAGGAGCCCUUCUACAGCUCUGUUUCCGAAGACCUGGCCAUGGCACUGUGUGUUUAUCAUCCUUCUGACAUCAUCUUCCUCGAGAUCGAUCACUCCCUGUUUCCCUCCGCAUGGCAAUCUUCGGCCCAACCAAAGCUUGCUAUGAAAUGGAAAUUUGAGGGAAACCAGGCUUUGAAGGAGAAAGACUACAUCAAGGCCGGCCACUGCUACACCAAAGUCCGACUUGCUUCGCAACAGAGCACAAGCCAGACUCCUCCUCGGUUCUGGGGUCAGGAUCCAAAGCAUGCCAAACGCUUCUAUCGAGCCGGUCGUGCUGCAUAUGCACUUGGUGACUACCGAUCGGCGGAACAGAUGUUUCAAAAAGUCUUGGUGGUUGUUCCCGGAGACGCGGACGGUCAAAGGGAACUUGAUUGUACCAAGUCACGUAUUCUAGAGGCCACAAAGGGCGUCUUCGACUUGACGAAAAUGGCGAAAAAGUUCUCGGACACCGCAGACUAUCACUCUGAGCAAGCCAGUUACUUGGAUGGUACUACGGUGCGUGGCUCGAGAUUCGGUUCGAAGGGCUUGUUCGCUACCAAGGACAUUGCCGUCGGGGCCAUCAUCUUGUGUGAGAGAGCCUUUACUGUCUCGAAUACUCCCGAUGACUCGCAUGAGCUGAGUGUGAUCAUUAAUCCCACCAACAACGUCGGUAUGCACGGCAGCCUUGCUGCAAUCUGGAUCGAUGCUGUUCGCAAGUCUUUUCACAACCCCUCAUCGAGUCUCAAGCUCCUGGAUCUGUACGACGGCACAGCUAGAAGUGUCCAGUCUGAAUCCACUAGCGAAGCCACGUCUGACCAUCAGUCUCUGCCUCUCAUCAUCGAUGGCAUGCCAGUGAUCGAUGUCUUUCGUCUACAGAACAUCAUCGAACAGAACGGCUUUGGCUUCGAGGCCGACAAAGAUAGAGCUCGUCUUGACGUACAAAAGGUCGUCAAAGUCGACUCGCCCGGCGUAUGGGUCCAAGCUGCUCGCAUGAACCACUCUUGUCUGUCCAAAUCCAGUCGUGGCUUCAUUGGUAAUUUUAUUAUCGUGCGUGCGACCAAGAGUAUCCGCCGAGGCGAGGAGAUCACUACAAUGUAUUGCCCUGUAGAUGGUGACUUCGACAAACUCAAGCAGCGCCUGGGAACUGCUGGUUUUGCCUGUAGCUGUAAGCUCUGCGAGGCUGAGAACGAAUAUGGAGACGGUCGUUCUUCGCUCAUGUUCAAAGUCAGCCAGUUCCUGGGAGCCCAUCCGCUUAAGCAUAUUAUCCCGACGGCGGCUAAGAACGAGCUUCAUGUUGGAUAUCUUGACGAGGCCCUGGAUCUGGAAAAGCGCUUGAAGCAGUCUUACCCUCUGGACUUGUUCGCAACUAAGAUCCCGAUGACUAAGAAGUUCAUCGAGAUGUUGCCCACGAUGGGUAUGGCUGGCAUUCACGAAUGGCUCAUGUUCGCUCAUUCGUGUAGCCCCCAACGCGCUCUGGAUUACGCGAACUUUGUCUUGUUGGACCAUGAUUACAGAGUUCUCAUCGAUAGGACUAGAGGCAUCAAGCUCGACCGAACCAACUGCAUUCUGAGCAUGAAGGCGGUUCUUGCGAUGCAGUACAUUGAGCAUUUCUACGCCCAGACCAAGAAUGAGACUGUUGCAGCAUCUGCAAGAGCUUUAGCUGAGGAGAUGCACACUACUUACAAUGGCAGCAUGGGCAGCUACAGCGGUCUCGAGAAAUGA